GUCUGGAGCAGACUCGCGGCUGCAACCGUUCCCGGACGGGCAGUCGGGCGCUCGGCUGCCGCGUCUAGGGCUGAGCGCCGCGACGCGGCUGCUUGACCCGAAAUCCUCCCGGAUCUUAAGGCGUAUGGAACCUCAAGGUCUUUGAGAUAAUGGAAACCAAAAAAUUGAUUGGUAAACCACUUCAACCAGCAAGACCUGUUCGUCAUCUGACUUCUCCCCCUGGAACAGUAUUCCAUUUCAACUUCCAAAACGAAUAUCCAUGCAACACCCAGUACUUACAAAGUGGAGUUAGCAGAUGUAAGACGAAUGGAAUGCAAGCCUUUUCUCAAGGUCUUAAUGAACAACAUCAGUCUCCAGUUAAAAAAGAGAGAAUCAAAUACAGCAGAGAUUUCCUGUUGAAGCUCUCAAGUGUUUCCAUCUGCAGAAAAAAACCAGACUUUCUGCCUGAUCAUCCCAUUGUACUUCAAAAACCAGAAAACAACCAAAGCUUUAAGUAGCAUUUUAAGAACAUAUGUAUUUGAAGAUAAAGAAUUAUUAACUUUAUAUUUUGGACACCUGCAAAUGAAGUAGAUCUAGUAACAAUAACU